AUGGAAUUAUUACAAGGAAAAGAAUACCUUUCAAUAUUACAAAGCAAUGAAAUAAAGAAACAUGAACAUACAGUCGUACUUUGGAAUAUGAAGCUUGAUUUAAAAGGUGGACAUACAAUAACACAUUACUUAAAGUCAUUAGAAAAUAGUAAUUCUGAUAAUAAGCAAAACUAUAAAACUAUAACAAGAACUUUUCCCUGCAAGAAUGAAGUUCGACUAAGUGAUUUAAAUAUUUCAAAUUUGAUACUCCUCGCGCCAGCUGUACCGUACCUCGUGUCGCUUCGAAAAUUGUAUCUUCAAUAUAACAAACUUACAACUAUUCCAGAAUCACUUUUUCAUCUAAAAUCUCUUGAAGAGUUACAUUUACAAUGCAAUAAAUUAAUUUCGAUCCCUCCUCAUAUUGGGUUUUUAACUUCUCUUCGAGAAUUAUUUCUUCAUAAUAACCAAAUUCGGAAAAUGCCAUCGCAAAUCCGUGAAUGUAAAAAAUGCUCUUUUAUAAAUCUGAAUGACAACAAAUUAACGUGUUUACCGGCAGAAUUUUCCACCUUAGAAAAUCUUAGAACUCUUCGUGUAAAGGGCAAUCUUUUUGAACAACCACAAAACGUUAGUCAGAGCAAAGUUGAAGGCAUCAUAUCAACUUUAUUUGAUAUGUGCGUUCAAGUCGUUGGAAGUACAAUGUUGGGACAAGGAAAACAUUUCUAUUGUUCUAAUAAUCAAAAAGUUCCAUGUUCUCAAAAGGAAAAUUGUAUUCAUAAUUUUCUUGUUAAAGAUAUUUUGGAACGUCUUAGUAUAUCAACCGAUUACCCGCCAACUAUUUGUUCAUGCUGUAGAGAACAUUACGAUGAAAAGAUAUUCAUUAACCAAUCAAAGGGAUAA